AUGGCGAUCUGAUAUCCAAUGGCCGUUAGCCUGAAUAAAGGCCACAAAGUGAGCAAGAAUGUGUCAAAACCAGAUACAUGACACUGUUGACGCCAUGGGCGACUGACCAAACACACCAAAUUUGUACGGGACAUGAUCCGAGAAGUGUGCAGUUUUGCGCCAUAUGAGAGACGGGCAAUGGAGUUGCUCAAAGUCUCCGAUGAUAAGAGAGCUCUAAAGUUCAUAAAGAAAAGGGUAGAGACUCACAUUCAUGUCAAGAGGAAGUGUGAAGAACUCAGCAAUGUCUUGGCAGCAAUGAGGAAAGCCAAGAAGGACUCAAUUCUGCAUCCUGGUUCCCAAUAA